AUGAGUGGAGAAGAGCAUGAAAAGAAGCCAGCCAGGAGACAAUUUGUCACGCGGAGUAGGUUGGGGUGUUCAAACUGCAAGGACCGCCGUAUCCGAUGCGAUGAAAAGCGGCCACAAUGCUCCAAUUGCGUGAACAUGGCAAAGGCUUGCUCCUACGGCCCAGCCAAGGUUCCGCUCCGGGAUCGCAGGGCACAACUACGAUCCUCAGAUCAAACCCCGUGGAUCGUCCAGAAUUCGAGUCCUGAAAGUUGGCCAAACGUAACGACACAGGUAACAGAAACGAGAGAACGACGGUCAGCCCCUUGGAAAUGGAUUGAGCUGGAGAGGAUGAACACUUUUGAAGCCUUCCCCAUCGUGAUGCCUCUCAGAUCAAAGGAGCUUCUUUACUACUUUAGGCAAGUCGGUGAAUCAUUUACCGUGCCCUCUGAACAGCAACCCGAACAGCAACCCAGACAGCGACUGGAUGAUUGUAUGAGCUCGGCUGUUCAAGACCCAUUCACCCUCCGGAAUAUGCUUCUCAUUGCCGGCAUCCAUUACGCAUGGAAUCUCGGAGAUCUCCAGACUUUCGAACCCACAUUUCUGUCACACAAAAUCAAAGCUAUCCGACUAGUCAAUGAAGGCCUAAACACCCUCUCUGACGAGGAGGAUUAUCUGAGCUGUGCGAAUUACAUCAUCACACUAAGCUUCACAGAGGCAAGUACUUCCAUCUGUGGUUCGUGCUGUCUCGGAAACUUCCGAGUUGCAGAAGCGCACCUCAAAGGCCUCAUGAGGUUUAUCGAUGCCCACAGGCCUGAUGAAGAGAGCUCAAGCUCUCAAGACGCUAUUAAAAGAGAGCUUACUGAUCGGUACCUCAUUUUGGCCUACAACUUUGUUCACAGCCUGAAAAGCCGCCUGGACGACUUUUUAGCCAGCACGGCUAUAAUCGAAAAUAUUUCUCGUGACUCAGAUCCGAAAGGCCUCGCAAGAGUCCUGCAUCGCUGGCAUGUACAGGAAGCCACCGGUCUCGCCUUCAGGCUGAAGACGAUUAGACUGUUCCCGUACUUCUUUAGCUCGGCAAUUGUCACCAAGUAUCCCCGCCAUGUCGAUGUUAGUGAUAUUAUAUCCUGUCUCGCGCAGAUAACAAAGCAACACGAUGCAAGGUUUGCAGGAUUUGAGGCAGCAUAUGAUGCUCGUUCUCGCUAUGAGCUCUGGGAUAGCGGUGGCCCAUCGAGGCUACUCUCUGCCGUGGUGAACGCUCACUUGGACUCUAUUUCAAAUGAGCCACCACUCUCUUCCCAUUCUAAUGUGGGAUUUGCCUCUUCAUGGUCUGGUUUCUGUGUCGCUAUUGGAAUGUAUCUGACAUCAGUGCUCGGCGUCUGGAAUCAAGGGUCACCGGCGGAGAGUUCGCUUCUGCAACAUGUACUCCUGAUACUAAAACAGGAUUUGGAAACAAGCUGGCUCAACUUCAAAGCCCGGAGCAAAGAAUCGCGGGCUUUGUGGAUCUGGAAGUGGUUUGCGGGGGCUCUCACCAUAGCCCACGUCCAACCCAAAGAUUGUGACAGACGAUUCCGGGAGUUGAGCGUUGAGUUCCUAUCUCUCGUUGAACAUUGUCGCGGCGUAAUCAGAAAGGGCUCUGAACACUGGCCUGAGGUAAAAGCUAUGCUUCACCGUGUGGUUUGGCCUCAUGAGCUUCCUAAAGAACUGGAAGUAAUCAAGUUUUGGAACAAUCCCAUCCUGGGCUCGCUUAGUCCUUGA